AUGACGGCAGGGGCUACGGGAACGGGGCCCCAAGCUCGGUCGAUCAAUGGUGCAGAGCGGCGCGUGCGGUUCUUGCAGGUGGGGUUGAGCCGGGUUCUGCAGGUCGACCUGUAUGUGCAGCGCCAUGGGGCCAAGCGCACCACGGCAUGGUUCGACACGGACCCUGGAAUCUGGGCCAACCUGCAAAAGCGCCUCAGGUCUGAACUGAUGCGACAGUUUGAGGAUGGCUCUUUUGGGAUUGAGGGUGCACCCGCCUUCACGCUUGCAGACGAGGAUCGAACGAGGACUGGCACAGCGCGGCCCGAUCGGUUAUAUCAUUUGGAUGCGUGCCGGUUGCGUGCCGUGCUUCGGCCCACUCCAAAAAAGGAUGAAAAGGAUGGCGCGGAGAGCGUCGGAGAGCCCGAGCCCAAAGUGUCAAAGCGCGACGAGACAGCAGGCAGAGAUUCAACUUUAGCGCCGCUUCGUUCUGCGACGAACUCCGUGGUCGUGAUUGAGGAUGAUGGUCGUGAGGCGGGGCGGACGGAAGCAGAAGAAGCAGAAGAAGAAGAAGAAGAAGUAGGAGAAGCAGGAGAAGAAAAGGACGUCGUGGUCAUUGACGCCGUGCCAUCUGGCGGGCUUCCGCUGCAAGCUAGCACCGUCUCGAUGGAUGUGGCACGGGAGGUGCGAGACUCGGGUCAUGCCGCGUCGGCUUCAGCGUCAGAUGCCAAGCACCGGUCUUCCAAGACGGCAGAUGGGUCGGCUACAGCCGUAGCGCUGACGCCAGCCCAAGUGGCAAGCAUUCAAAAAAUGAGCAACCUGGCUCUGGAAGACGUGGUGGCGGCUGUCAUCAUGCCGACUCUGAAGCAGAUUUUUCGGGGUGAAGUUCAGAGUUGGCGUCACGAAGACUUUCGAGCCAAGGGCGCCCGUCGCUCCAAUCUCAAGUUUCAUGUGUGUUUUGGAGCCCUGAUGGAGAGGCAGCGACUCCACCUGGAGCAGCUGAUCAUCGACGUGUUUUGCAAACGCAAGCUCAAGUACAUGGAGUAUGCCAUGAACGUGUUGAUGCCCGAGGCAGUGGAACAGCUGCAUGCUCACGUUCUGAGUCUGGAUCAACAGACGGCGGCCCAACGACUCAAGGCGCACCAGCACACUGCCACCGACGACCAUGCCUAAGCAAGCGAUCGAGAGUGCCCAUAGAGACGCU